GUCUGCCAGGAGUUAAUAUGGCUCCAAUAGUUACAUCGUAUUCUCUCUUUACCUGCUCAGAGACCUCACUGUUAAGACAAGUUUUCCAAGGAGAAAUUAAGUCUCCUUUACCUCCUCACUAGUGCGACUACAGAAGCAACUGAAGCGAAGCGACCCCCUUGUGGAGUUACAGUCCGUACCCACGGAAGCACCACUUCCGCUGACGUCAUCACGGCGACACGUGGAUCCAAGAUGGCGGCGGCGAUGGUUUGGUGGCCAAGGUUCUUGCUGCUUCUCUGUCUCACAAGUAAAACAAGCACCUUCUAUGUCCCUGGAGUUGCACCAAUCAACUUCCACCAGAACGACCCGGUAGAGAUCAAGGCUGUGAAGCUUACCAGCUCUCGGACCCAACUUCCUUACGAGUACUACUCAUUGCCUUUCUGCCAGCCCAACAAGAUAACAUACAAGGCAGAGAAUCUGGGAGAGGUGCUGAGAGGGGACCGGAUUGUGAACACCCCUUUCCAGGUUCUCAUGAACAGUGAGAAGAAGUGUGAAGUUCUCUGUGGCCAGUCCAGCAAGCCAGUGACCCUGACAGUGGAGCAGAGCAGGCUGGUGGCCGAGCGCAUCACAGAAGACUACUACGUUCACCUCAUUGCUGACAACCUGCCUGUGGCCACCCGGCUGGAGCUCUAUUCCAACAACCGUGACAGUGAUGACAAGAAGAAAGAAAAAGAUGUGCAGUUUGAACAUGGCUACCGACUUGGCUUCACGGAUGUCAAUAAGAUCUACCUGCACAAUCACCUCUCGUUCAUCCUUUAUUACCACCGGGAGGACAUGGAAGAGGACCAGGAACACACAUACCGCGUCGUCCGCUUCGAGGUGAUUCCCCAGAGCAUCAGGCUGGAGGACCUCAAAACAGAUGAGAAGAGUUCAUGUAUCCUACCUGAGGGUACCAACUCCUCGCCCCAAGAAAUUGACCCCUCUAAGGAGAAUCAGCUGUACUUCACCUACUCUGUGCACUGGGAGGAAAGUGACAUCAAAUGGGCCUCUCGAUGGGACACUUACCUAACCAUGAGUGAUGUGCAGAUCCACUGGUUUUCUAUCAUUAACUCUGUCGUGGUGGUCUUCUUCCUGUCAGGCAUACUCAGCAUGAUUAUUAUCCGGACCCUGCGGAAGGACAUCGCCAACUACAACAAGGAGGAUGACAUUGAAGACACUAUGGAGGAAUCGGGGUGGAAGCUUGUGCACGGUGAUGUCUUCAGGCCACCGCAGUACCCCAUGAUCCUCAGCUCCCUGCUGGGCUCAGGCAUUCAGCUCUUCUGCAUGAUCCUCAUCGUGAUCUUUGUGGCCAUGCUUGGGAUGCUGUCACCCUCCAGCCGAGGAGCUCUCAUGACCACUGCCUGCUUCCUCUUCAUGUUCAUGGGGGUAUUUGGUGGAUUUUCUGCUGGCCGUCUCUACCGAACUCUAAAAGGCCACCGGUGGAAGAAAGGAGCCUUCUGUACGGCGACACUGUAUCCUGGUGUGGUAUUCGGCAUUUGCUUUGUGUUGAAUUGCUUCAUCUGGGGAAAGCACUCAUCAGGAGCAGUUCCAUUUCCCACCAUGGUGGCUUUGCUGUGUAUGUGGUUCGGGAUCUCCUUGCCCCUUGUCUACUUGGGCUACUACUUCGGCUUCCGCAAGCAGCCAUAUGACAACCCUGUACGCACAAACCAGAUUCCCCGGCAGAUCCCUGAACAACGGUGGUACAUGAAUCGAUUUGUGGGCAUCCUCAUGGCUGGGAUCCUGCCCUUCGGCGCCAUGUUCAUUGAGCUGUUCUUCAUCUUCAGUGCAAUCUGGGAGAACCAGUUCUAUUACCUCUUCGGGUUCCUGUUCCUCGUUUUCAUCAUCCUGGUAGUGUCCUGUUCACAAAUCAGCAUCGUCAUGGUAUACUUCCAGCUAUGUGCAGAGGAUUACCGCUGGUGGUGGAGGAAUUUCCUGGUCUCAGGGGGGUCUGCAUUCUACGUCCUGGUCUAUGCCAUCUUUUAUUUUGUUAACAAGCUGGACAUCGUCGAGUUCAUCCCUUCUCUCCUCUACUUUGGCUACACCGCCCUCAUGGUCCUGUCCUUCUGGCUGCUCACAGGGACCAUCGGCUUCUAUGCAGCCUACAUGUUUGUCCGCAAGAUCUAUGCUGCUGUGAAGAUAGACUGAGUGGGUGGACCAACGCUAGGCCCACUCCAUCCUCAGACAGGAAGCCACCCUGCGUAGGGAACUGCAGGCACACAAAUAAAAUAGCUCCUGCUCAUUUGGAAUGUAACUCCUGGCACAGUGUUCCUAGAUCCCCAGGCUGCAUGGGGGCAGGAGGGCCUGUAACCCAUGCAUUCCCUUCAUCUUAUUCCAGUCUGUAGGAUACAUUUUCCUGUGGGUUUUCUUCACCCAAGAGUCGCCUUCAGCAGGAGUUUUCUGACCUGUUAAUUCAGGUUUUAUUUUUUUGUUUGUUUUUGUUUUUUGUUUUGUUUUGGGUUUGGGUUUUUGGGUUGGUUUUGUUUUGUUUUUGUUUUAAACAGGUCCAGGAUGGAUAAAUGUGGGGUUUUGGUCACUGUCCCCAUCAGCUCCCCAGAGCUGUUGGCCACCCUACCACUAACUGGAAGAAGGAACGCCGGGGCUGUGGUGAGGGCUCCAAGCCUCUUCGUUGCCCAUCCUUACCACUGAAGCCACGACACAGCACAGUUCCAGCCUGGACAGUAGCCUCAGUGCCAACCAACCCCUGCUGGCCCCCCUUUCAUUCUCUUCCCCAGCCUGCCCUCUGCCGCCCAAACAGGGCUUCCAACCAGGCCUUUGGUUAUCAUAUGACUGGGAACAAGCCCCAGCCAUGAUUACUACAAGGACAUGUCCUGGUUCCCUAGGACAGCAGGAUUCUCAUCAUCAAAGCAGCCAGAGUUUGCUGGCCACCAAGGAAGAGAUGAGAUCUACAGUGAACUGUUCUCGUGCCAAGAAGCCCUGGGUCAGGGCUAAGGAUUUCCAGAGCCAAGCACCCAUAUGUGUGUCUGGGAAGAAGUGGCUAAAGCCACUAGGGUGCUCACCCCUCAAGAUUGCUCCCAGUCCUUUCCUCAGGGAGCACCACCUGAAGGCUGAUGGUGGACCUCCUCUUCCCUCGCUUUGAGGUCAAGUUCUCACAUCUCUUCCUUGAGAUGGCCAGGGAGAGGCACUCUCUCCUCAUGGUUCCUGACCUCAGCAUUUAUACUUAGUUCUUUCAGCCAAACCCAUCCCCUCUUCCUCCCAUGCAAGUUCUUUUGGGGACACCCAGAAAACUUCUCUGAGAAGGAAGAUGGAAGGUAAGUUGGAUUGCUCCUUUUCCAGUUCCUAGGAAUAGGCAAGAAGUCAGUAUCCCCAAGUUGGAAGGAGGCUCACGUACCUGGCCUAGCUCCUCCACCCCAGCCCCUGUGAUCCCUGUGCAAGCCACAGAGAUUGCUCUUAAGUAGCAAGAGACCAAACCCACCCUGGGUGCAGGGGUCAAUAACAGCCACUCACCCUUGCUCAAGUCCUUUGGGACCGUGCUGGGAGACAAAGCUCAGGAUGCUGCUUAUGCUAGGAACACACCCUGCCCCUCACUGCCCCAGCCUCCUGGGGACCUGCCACCAUCAUCUGUCAAAUCAGUGAACCUCCUGGGGACCUGCCACCAUCAUCUGUCAAAUCAGUGAACCUCCUGGGGACCUGCCACCAUCAUCUGUCAAAUCAGUGAACCUCUCGGUCUUGCCUCACGGUGACUCCACAGCACCAAGUGGCUUCCACCAAGAGUCAGGCUGGAGAAAAAGGAGCCCAAAGAGUAGAAAGUAAUGGGAAGUCAUUUGUUCAAAUCUUGCAUUUUCCCUCUAAGGCUCUCAUUUGGGGGUGGGGGUUCAAACAUUGUCAAUUUUUCUGACUUUUUAAAUCAUUGUCAUUAUUUUUAAUUAAAAAAAAUUAUGCCUGUAUGCCUUUUUCUGGUCCAAUUGUAAAUAAAAAUGCCAUUGUCCUGUUA